UAAUUUUGUGGAAGAAAAAAACAUGUGAGGAAUUAAAAAAACAUAAAAAAAAAACAUGUGGUUUUAAAGUAUUGUUAGUGCUACGUUGACCUUUUAAGCCUUUUCUCUGUUCUCCCUGUUUUCUGUUUUAAGUCGAUGUCCUUGUUGGCCUUGCUUACGUCCAGUUGAUCAUUCCUGAAUUCAAUGAGUCCUAAAAGCACCACGGCGCCAUUUGAAGACGAGGACAAAAAAAUGAACACACGAAAAUCAAAAAGUGAUGACCAAUGGGUCCCUGAGUGACGUAUUGCACGAAAGUCUAUAGCCAUGACGGGAUACCUUCACGGUGCACGUAGAUAUCGCGCGUUUUCGCACAAUUUCACUAAAAUGCCAUGCUUUCACUUAUCAGCUUGUAUAUCUAAACAUCAUCUCUCGAACUCAAUUGACAAUUAUGAACGAACUUCGUUAAAAUCGAGCUUUAUGAGUAUUUUCUCUCUUGUCUUUUUUUCCAUUGUUAUCCUAUUUUGGAGUUGGUCUUCUCUAGUUCUGUUUGCUUUCGUUUUGUACAGGUAGCAGCUAAUGGAUCCACUCGAUAUUGUGUAUUUAAGAGAGCCGUUAGAUACGAUGCAUCAACCUAAUAGAAAUGAAUGUGAUGUUUUAACUUCAAUCUUCUUAGUUGCUGUUGUGGAUGAAAUACGGCAACUUCUUUGUUAGCAAGAAAGAUUGUGGAAUAUAUGUGGGUGGUGUAUGCUUGAGGACAUGUAUUGUAUUAAUGGCACCAUUUUGUUUCACCAACAAACCCUAAAUAUGUCUUUCGGAAUACGAUGUGGCCAUAACAGAGCAGGUGGAGCCACGACAUCUGCACUAAAUGAAACCGCCAACAGCGCCUAUGGAGCGAACCAUGUGCCAAUCGAGCAGUACCCGUCACCUUUACUUGGAGAGUCUCCUAACACAGCUCAUGCUAAUCUGAAAAGAAAAGCUCCUGAAAUUGCUUUGGAUCGUCAAAAGAAAAGGGAGAUUGACAGGGCAUAUCGGCUGCGAUGCAGGGAAAAGAAAAUAAAAACUGAGCAGGACUUGGUUUUGCUCACCGAAGAAAAUAAUAAAUUAAAGAGCGAGAAUGAACAGUUGAAAAGGGAAGGAGUUAAGCAGCCGGAGAUGGUGCAAACCCAGAAAGAAGAAAUGAAAGCAGUAAAGAAUGACCUUUCCCAUUUGAAGGACCAGCUUCGGAUACAAAAUGCUGUCGUGGAAGUGCUCUCAAGCCAAGUGGCUAGUAGGAAAAAUAAUAUGGAUCUUCAGUGCGAAAAUAAACGGCUAAGAUUUCAAAAAAGUCUAUUGAUCAAGAAGAUUGAUGACAAUGACUAUUUAAACGACGUCAUUCAACUUCAAGAAAACUACACAAAAUUAGAACAAGAGAAGAAAGCUCUCCAAGUGAUUAUCGAUGCCUUACGCGAACAGAUUAAACAAGAAUAAUGACCUCAUACCAAAACAAGCAUUCUAAGACUUGCAGCCCUUGUUAACAAUGGAUGAUGCAUAUCUCUUGCAGCUACUUAUUACUUUGUCAAGGGACAGUGCUGCCAUUCAAGCUUGGCUGGUGCACGUGGGUUGCCAUUUCACAUGAAUGGCAGCUACCCAUCAAAUUCCGUGGGGUGUUUUGUAACAGGUUUUGUAAUAGAGAUUGUUAUGGAAUUUAGGGAUUAGAUGCUUGCAUCUUGAAGUUGAUUCUUUUAUGUUUAGACUUUGGUAGCUGAUCGAGGAGAGAGAAGGCCCUAUUAAAGUUAAAUGUAAAAAAUAAAGUGUAGUUUAACUGGAUAGUUUUGUAUGAACAUAAAAGAAGUAUCUUUUCUUAAUUCAUUAAGAUCUUAAACAU